CACCUUCUUCUAUUUCAUCCAAAGCUCCGAGCCGGAUCCACUCUGAGAUUUCACACCUUUUCUUCUUCUCCUUCUUUUGCCUCUUCUUCUUUUUUGGAGGGGUGUCAUUUUGCGUUAAAUGCCUUCAUGAUCCUUGUUUUAACCUUGUGCCUGCGUCGGCCGAUGGGAGCUGUGUGAACUUGAGACAUGACGGGACGCGAGUGUCUCCGCUUGCCUUCACCUCGUCGGAACCUUCACCUUAACAGGUAGCCCGGGAGCGAGAGGACAGGACAGAAGAAGACAAAAAAUACAAACCGGGACGUGUAACGGGAGAUGGGCAUUGAUUUUCGGGACUGGCUCCUAAUGGAAGACACCGCAAACCACUGACCACCUGGCUGCUGGCUGCUGGAGAGCUCGAUCACCGCAAUCACCGCAGGUCGCGCAAUUAGAUCCCGUCCAUUCCUGAAGUUCGAUGGGGGGAAAGGAACUGCGACAUAUGAAGCCUCUGAUUUUCCCCAGUUUGUGCGACCAGCCGGUUUCUACCUGAAAACCUGCUCUCGAGUCUGAUUACUCGUCUCUCGCCUGGACCCAGAUCUGACCGAGGAGGAUAUCUGUACCAGAAUAAGCUCGCAGGCGCACAGGAUGAGAAGACUAUGAGCUGACUCACUCCAGUUUUUUUUUUUCUUCGCCUGAGCUGGAACGGAUUUGGGUUUUGUCUGUGGAGGAUUCCUGUCGUCACAUCCAAGGAGUCACUGCCGGUAACGUCGCGGUUGCAUAGAGAGAAACUCCCGAGCUGUGCAGCCUGGAAGCACGUUCACACCGUCAUGGAUCUAAAAGACUAUUACCUGUUGGGCACCCUGCUCGCCUGCAUAUGGCUCGAUCCUUCGAUAGCCCAAGAGCUGAUCUACCCCAUCAGAGAGGAGCUGCAGGAGAACGUCCUCAUUGGGAACAUACCAAAGGACCUAAACAUAUCCCACACAAAUGCUGCCACCGGGACGAGUGCUAAUCUGGUCUACCGGCUCGUCUCCAAGGCGGGAGACAACCCUCUGGUCCGCGUGCUGAGCAGCACUGGGGAGAUUUUCACCACAUCAAACCGGAUCGACCGGGAGAAGUUGUGCCCCGGCCCCUCGUUCGAGGACAGCGAGUGCUCCUUUGAAAUCGAAGUGGUCAUCCUGCCUAAUGAUUAUUUCCGGCUGAUUAAGAUCAAAAUAGUCGUCAAAGACACGAACGAUAACGCCCCCAUGUUCCCGUCCCCUGUGAUCAACAUCUCCAUCCCCGAGAACACGCUCAUUAACAGCCGCUUCGCCAUCCCCUCCGCCACUGACCCAGACACGGGCCCCAACAGUGUUCACAAAUACGAGCUGAUCAACGGGCAGAGUGCUUUCGGCUUAGACAUAGUGGAAACGCCUGAGGGGGAGAAGUGGCCCCAGCUCAUUGUGCAGCAGAAUCUGGACCGAGAGCAGAAGGAUACAUACGUGAUGAAGAUCAAGGUGGAGGACGGUGGCAGCCCGCAGAAAUCCAGCACUGCCAUUCUACAAGUGACGGUAACGGAUGUCAAUGAUAACAGGCCGGUGUUUAAAGAGAACCAGAUAGACGUGCACAUACCGGAGAACUCUGCCAUUGGCACGUCUGUGGUGCAGCUCCUGGCCACGGAUGCAGACGUGGGGGCAAAUGCGGAGAUACGUUAUGUGUUUGGGACGCAGGUGUCUCCUGCCACGAAAAGACUCUUCGCACUGAAUACAACAUCUGGCCUAAUUACAGUGCAGAGACCCCUGGACAGAGAAGAGACAGCGAUUCACAAGCUCUCGGUUUUAGCCAGUGAUGGCAGCUCCAGUCCUGCCAGAGCUUCUGUCACCAUAAACGUGACUGAUGUUAAUGACAAUCCGCCCAAUAUAGACCUGAGGUACAUAAUCAGUCCCAUUAACGGCACUGUUUUCCUGUCGGAGAAGGAUCCCAUCAAUACCAAGAUAGCGCUCAUCACGGUGUCGGACAAAGACACCGACAUCAACGGCAAGGUCAUUUGUUUCAUCGAGAAGGACGUGCCCUUCCACCUCAAAGCCGUGUACGACAACCAGUAUCUGCUGGAGACCUCCGCGCUGCUCGACUACGAGGGGACCAAGGAAUACAACUUUAAAAUUGUGGCGUCCGACUCUGGGAAGCCGAGCCUGAACCAGACGGCCCUGGUGAGAGUGAGGCUGGAGGACGAGAACGACAACCCGCCUAUUUUCACUCAGCCAGUCAUCGAGCUUGCUGUGAUGGAAAACAACAAACGCGACCUGUUCCUCACCACGCUCAGCGCCACGGACGAGGACAGCGGGAAGAACGCGGAGAUCGUUUAUCAGCUGGGACCGAACGCGUCCUUCUUCGACCUGGACCGCAAGACGGGGGUGCUGACCGCCUCCAGGGUUUUCGACCGGGAGGACCAGGACAGGUUUCUCUUCACCAUCACGGCGCGGGACAACGGGACCCCCCCUCUGCAAACGCAGGCAGCAGUGAUUGUAACGGUGCUGGACGAGAACGACAACAACCCCAAGUUCACACACAACCACUUUCAGUUUUUCGUGUCGGAGAAUCUGCCCAAGUACAGCACUGUGGGGGUGAUAACUGUGACGGACUCAGACGCCGGGGAGAACGCCGCCGUUUCUCUCUCCAUCCUGAAUGACAACGAGAACUUUAUACUGGAUCCUUACUCCGGGGUGAUCAAAUCCAACGUGUCAUUCGAUAGGGAGCAGCAGAGCUCGUACACGUUCGAUGUCAGGGCUGUGGACAGCGGCAGGCCCCCUUGCUCCUCAGCCGCCAAGGUGACCAUCAAUGUCAUCGACGUGAACGACAACACCCCCAUCGUCAUCUACCCCCCCUCCAACACGUCCUUCAAGCUCGUUCCGCUCUCCUCCAUCCCGGGAUCUGUGGUCGCAGAAGUGUUCGCGGUGGACGGCGACACCGGGAUGAACGCGGAGCUCAAAUACACGAUCGUGAGUGGAAACAACAAGGGUCUGUUCAGAAUUGACCCCGUCACAGGGAAUAUUACUCUGGAGGAGAAGCCAGCGCUGACCGACAUAGGCUUACACAGAUUAGUCGUCAAUAUCAGUGACCUGGGAUAUCCCAAAUCUCUCCACACUCUGGUGCUGGUGUUUCUGUACGUCAACGACACUGUGGGCAACUCGACUCUCAUAUACGACCUCAUCCGACGCACCAUGGAGACCCCCAUAGACCGGAACAUAGGGGAGAGCAGUGAAACCUAUCAGAGUGGUGACUAUUUAACGAUCAUGAUAGCCUUUGUGACCGGCGCCUUCGUGGUGAUCAUUGUCAUCUUUGCCACCGUGCUGCUGCGCUGCCGCCACGCGUCCAGGUUCAAGGCGGCACAGAGGAAGAAGCAGGGAGCCGAGUGGAUGUCGCCCAACACGGAGAACAAGCAGAACAAGAAGAAGAGGCGCAAGAAACGGAAAUCCCCCAAAAGUUCCCUGCUCAACUUUGUCACCAUCGAGGGGAACAAGCCCGACGACCCCGCCCACGAGCCAAUCAACGGAACCAUCAGCCUGCCGACCGAGCUGGAGGAGCAGGGGAUUGGACGCUUUGAUUGGAAUGCCACGCCCACCACCACCUUCAAACCCAGCAGCCCCGACCUGGCCCGGCACUACAAGUCCGCCUCGCCACAGUCGGCCUUCCACCUCAAGGCUGACACGCCGGUGUCGGUGAAGAAGCACCACGUGAUUCAGGAGCUCCCAUUGGAUAACACAUUUGUCGGGGGCUGUGACACCCUUUCCAAGAGGUCCUCCACCAGCUCCGACCACUUCAGUGCCUCAGAGUGCAGCUCCCAAGGAGGGUUCAAGACGAAGGGCCCCAUGCACACCAGACAGCAGGGAACUUUAACUCGUGCCCGAACUGAACUGAACCCUGAAUAUCUGGACCUUCGUCCACGAGCUGAGCUGAACCCUGAGUACUGGACCCCUUGCACCCCUUUAUCGCAGCGGCGCGUCACGUUUCACCUGCCGGACGGCUCUCAGGAGAGCUGCAGUGACAGCGGUCUGGGGGACCACGAGCCUGUAGGCAGUGGCUCCCUCCUCACACAACCUCUCCCUCUGGUGCAGGCGCAGGACGACUUCUACGAGCAGGCCUCCCCCGACAAGAGGACCGAAGCCGACGGCAACUCCGACCCCAACUCCGACGGCCCCCUGGGACCUCGUGGCCUCGUGGAAGCUACAGAGAUGUGCACCCAGGAGUGUCUAGUCCUGGGACAUUCAGACAACUGCUGGAUGCCCCCGACUCUAGGAACAUACCAGCAGCCCAAAUCGCCCGUGUCCAACUUUGGGUCUCAGAGGGAGUGGGGUCCCAAGGACAAACUUCUCAAUGGACACACUCUGACCAGAGCCUGGAAAAACGAGAGCGGGCGGUCAGAUCAUUUCGGUGACAGGAAGCAGUUUGGGAGCGGAGAGGGACACUUCAACAGCAGUGGGAUGGCUGAUAUUCCACUGGUGAGUCUGAAGUCCUGCCAGCCAGCCGCCUGCCCGGACAGCCCCAAGGACCAGCAGCUAUAAGACGGACUUUGCUUCUUUGCUGUGAGACGCCUCACCAUCUGGACACAGAGACGAGGCGACUCACCUGAGCACCUCUCCGGUUUUAUUCAUUCCUUUCUUUGCUUCAUCUCUCCCCACUUAAGUUGAUGCUUCUGCAGUGUGAUAGCCACAUGUACUAUGUAGGCCACAGAACUAUAGCGCUUAUGCUGUGUACUCUACAAUUCAACUUGACUAUAGCUCUCGAACCUCUUUUUUUUUUUUUUAAUGAACUUCCAUGGAUUUUCUUAAAAGACGUGCAGAAACGUUUUUCUGUCCACUUGACUUGUGGUGUGGACAAUCGGAGGAGAGGACACGUGACCAAUGGAGAAUGAGAAAACAAAUCACGAGAAAAAAGAAAAAAAACUACCAUGGCUGACCAAUAUAUACAAAUAUUUGUGAUGUGGUUGUUAUUGAGUUGUUCAGGACUAUAUUAAUCGACACAAUCAAAGAAAAUGGAAUUACAUUUCAGAAAGUAUCGUUCCAAUGACACUGUUAGUGGACACUUGUUUAUUCUGUCAUUGUCUGUGUGUUUGUAAAUAGGAAUUAUUAACCACUAUCAUGUAUCUGUAAUAACCACAGUGAAUAGGACAGUACUUGGCUGUUGUCGCCGUAAUGGCUCAUCAUGGGAUUUGAGACUUCAACUUGGCAAAGAUUUAUAAUUUGGCAUAAUGUACAAUGAGAAAACAUUUGCAUAUUUUUUUUAAAAACCUUAUGGUUGAUUUUUAAACAAAUUUCCAUCCCGUAUUAUACUGAGUGUCGCCCAUAUUUCAUAACUCUUUUGUUUAAGUACUGCAAACACCACAGGCAGACCUUUUUUUAAAUAUACGAUUUUGUAAGAAGGAUGUCAGUGCUCAAUAUGUGCAUUAUAAAAAUGAAAAACUCUGAAAGCUCUCCUCUAUAAACUGAUUUUGAAAGUGUUCAGUACAAUUAAAUAGCAAUAUAUUUGUAAAUGGCUAAAUGUUUUAUCUAAUGUUGAUCUUAUUAAUGUAUAGAUUUUAUUCAAAUUGUGAUUUAACUGAGUGCAAUCCCUCAAUUUAUGGACAUAUGUAUAUAUUAUUUCCACACCGGCUCUUAUUUUCCAUGCGUAAGAAAACACUGGAUAAGAAAACACUUCAAUCAACGUGCCUUCAUGAGGUUCCUUCAAACACUGACAUGCUCAUAUUUAAACCACGAGGACAUGUCGGCUUCAGAGAAUUUCCAGUCGGAUAAUGAAAUGCCUUAUGCAUUGGAUGUUUGCCAAAUUUAAAAAGACGCAAUCACACAGAUAUUAAAAAGUACAAAUCAAAGUCGGUGGCACUGAGGCAAAGCAGAGAGGCAUGUGCAGAAAAUGUAUCAACCGUGAAAAAAUCAUCAGCCCACUGUCUGAAAAGGUUUGUUUUUGUUCCACAGCAUGGAAGGCAAAUUACACAAUGGAAAAAGCAUGCUAAAAGAUAUAGCUUCUAAAACUAACUUGAUCAUAGUUUGUGUCAUUUGAUUUUUUCUGUAGAGUUGAUUUGUGCAUUAAGGAGACAUUCAGUUCGUGGAGCACUUUUCAUAUUUAUGUCACAAUAUAAAGAAGUUAAGUGGGAUGGAGUGAUUUGCUUAUCGCAGUAUGUUUGUCAGUUGUGAGGGUGUUUGGCAUCACAAAUACUGAAACAGUUAAUCCUUGUUACUCUACAGGUAUACAGCUACUGCAAUAAAUGUUUUAAUUAUG